CUCCCUCAGCCCACAGAAAACAGUGAAACCCUUCCAUAGAGGUGAGAGCGCAGAUGUCACGGGAAACGCGACCAGACGAGCAGAGCACACCGACCGACCUCAGCCCGCCUUCCUGCGCCCCAGUCCGGGAUGCUUUUGUAGCGCAGACACGCUUUGCACUCAGGGCAGCCGCAGCCAGUGGACGCUGACGCAAAUCAUCCACGCUCUUGUCGUCGUCGGUGUUAUUUUUAACCAAGGAUCCUUGCCGCCCCACAAAAAGCCCCGCACAGCACGGCAGCCACCCUGUUUUUAAGUGUUUCUUUUUGUUUCUUCAUGACUGCUGCGUUGGGAAGCGAGCCUCAGCACCAGCUCCAGCAGCGCCAGCACGAUGCGAGCCCAAAUCGAAGUUAUACCCUGCAAAAUCUGUGGAGACAAAUCUUCAGGUAUCCACUAUGGAGUCAUUACGUGUGAAGGAUGUAAGGGUUUCUUCAGACGGAGUCAGCAGAAUAAUGCCUCCUACUCCUGCCCCCGCCAGAGGAACUGCCUCAUCGACAGAACGAACCGCAACCGCUGCCAACACUGCCGACUGCAGAAAUGUCUCGCCCUAGGAAUGUCCAGAGAUGCGGUUAAAUUUGGUCGCAUGUCCAAAAAGCAACGCGACAGCCUGUACGCAGAGGUCCAGAAGCACCAGGCCCGGCUGCAGGAGCAGCGGCAACAGCAAACUGGAGAAGCUGAGGCUCUGGCUCGUGUUUAUUCAUCCAGCCUAACCAAUGGACUUUCCACCCUCAACCAUGAAAUUGGGGGCACCUACGCCAACGGUCACGUCAUCGAGCUACCCAAAGGCGGCCACGUCAACGGAGGUGGCGUCCCCGGGGGCUACUACGGGAUGGAUUCCACCCAGCCGUCUCCUGACCAGUCAGGUUUGGACAUGUCGGGCAUGAAGCACAUUAAGCAGGAGCCCGUCUACGACUUGACGCCGGUGCCAAACCUGUUCAGCUACGGAGGCUACCAGGACAGCCAGUUUGGACCACAUAACGUCAGCAUUGGAGAGCUCGACCGCAUUGCUCAGAAUAUCAUCAAGUCGCACUUGGAAACGUGUCAGUACACAACAGAGGAGCUACAGCAGCUAGCCUGGCAGACACACUCCUACGAAGAGGUCAAGAUGUACCAGAGCAAGCCCCGGGAUGUGCUGUGGCAGCAGUGUGCCAUCCAGAUAACCCACGCCAUCCAGUACGUGGUGGAGUUCGCCAAGCGCAUCUCAGGGUUCAUGGAGCUGUGCCAGAAUGACCAGAUCCUCCUCCUCAAGUCAGGUUGUUUGGAGGUGGUCUUGGUGCGAAUGUGUAGAGCCUUCAACCCUCUUAACAACACUGUGCUCUUUGAGGGGAAGUACGGAGGCAUGCAGAUGUUCAAAUCUCUAGGCUGUGACGAAUUAGUGAGUGCGGUUUUCGACUUUGCCAAGAGUUUGUGUUCCCUGCAGCUAACAGAGGAGGAGAUUGCUCUUUUCUCCGCAGCUGUACUAAUUUCCACAGAUCGGCCGUGGCUGAUGGAGCCUCGAAAAGUCCAGAAGCUCCAAGAGAAGAUCUACUUUGCUCUGCAGCACAUUAUGCAGAAGAACCACAUGGAUGAAGAUGCACUAGCCAAGCUGAUCAGCCGGAUCCCAACGCUGUCCGCCCUGUGUACACUCCACACCGAGGAGCUUCAGGCAUUCCAGCAACUCCACCCAGAAACAGUGAACGUCCUCUUCCCUCCCCUCUACAAGGAACUGUUUAACCCCGACCCAAACUCUGCCAUGGCCAUGCCUAAGUGACCGCCUGCGGUCCAAAUGCAAUGAACACCUGCAGAAAGAGGACCAAGAAAUUACGUCUGCUGUCGUCUGACAAGACGCCCGCGGCCACGUCGACCGCAGAUUUCUGAGCUCCCCCAGGCUCGUUUCAGGCUGCUGGGUGAGGAUUGAUCCACUAGAAACUUGAGAGUUACUGCCAACAGUACUAGGAAUGUCCUGCACUUAUCCCAUCCUGUUCACCGAUACAGUCUGAAGAAUGUAUAUACAAGUGACGCGUGCCCCCGGCCACAACCUCAGAGGGGCUUCCACCUGUCUCCUGAAAGGAACUGACCAGAAAUGUACAGACUUUUAAGACAACUAGAAACAAUUUUAAGCUGUCAAUCUUUUUUUUUUUUUAAGGUGGCUAAGUUAAAUUGAUUUAAUCUUUAAAAAAAAUAUGUUUUUGUUCUUUUUUCCCCCAAUGAAGACAUUGUGAAUUGGAAGAAGCUGGGUGGGGGAGGGAACUGUGGACUUAGAGAAGCUAUUGUAGAUAUUCUUCUAGUUGAGAGCAGAUUCCAGUAUUAUUUCUUUUUCUGUUAAAAUAAGUUAGUCCUAAUUUAAAUAUACAGUGGCCCAGAGUGGCCGAUGAUACCUUGUAUGUGUUCUUGUUUUAUUUGAUAGAUUCUUGUGUACAGAAUUUGUAAAGUUGAGACUUGUAAAAGGAAACUGGGCAAAACCUGGGAGCCAAUAUUGGGUUUGUUGAUAUGCAGAAGCCUUGUCUGGAUUUUGUUCAUAUGUAUAGAAGGUGUUAGCGUCCUUCUGAUCAAAAUUUAUUGAAAUGUAAAGAGAGGAUAUGAAGGACUUAAAACCGAAAAUAAUGGCUACUACUUUUCAAGGUGAAGAUAUAUACAUAAAUGUUCUAUUUUGCAAGGAAAAGAAUCUGGCAAGAUUUGCCGUCCUAUCAGUUGUUUAUUUCUCGCUGCAAUAAUUAUGUCCAAUAAUAGCUAGAUUGCUGUGGCACAAUCAACCAGAAUGAACCAAUCAGAAACCAGGACCUCACAUUGAGAAGCCCAGACCGCCUCCUAACUUACGUCUGCUCUUAAAUAUCAGGACUUUUUCAGUAGGUUUUGUAAGAUAUGGGUAGACACAAAGUCAGAGACAUGUCACACAUGUACGGACGAUCCUUAAAAAUGUGAAGAGAAUCCACACAAACUUGAACUAAAAACACUUUUCAAUCACUGAAAUCUAUAUAGGUGCUGAACGCCCUCACCGUCCAAUUUGCACAAUCCAGCCUGUGGAUAUCAGUCCCCCUGGGCUGUGAAUAUGUAGGACCCUUCUCUAGAAAGCAAUAACUUUCGCACAGCAUGUCCCACUUCUCUCAGCUGUUCAAAACAGGGUAGCAACUCUAAAGAUGCACUAUAUUGUUCGCUCUUGACCACUGGUGCGCGUCCCCCUGCCGACUCUUCAGUGUGGCACAGUCCCAUCGUGGAAAAUGUAAAGAAAUGUAGCCGCCAAUGAUCUCAACACCCAGACGUAGCUGAGCUUUAACGUUGGCCAUUUAUGUAGAAAGUUGUGUUCGACAAUCGCCCCCUCCCUAUCGCAGUCAUUCCAGUAACUGUUAGCACUUAAACGGUACACAUUUCCCCCCUCAUUUAGUGUUUGGACGCCGUGUAAAGUCGAACCGAGUUAGCUGUUACCCCAUCUGAGCAGAUUAAUGUUUCUUUUUGUCUUUUUUUUGUAAAGGAACAAAGUGAAAAAGUCAUUGCUACAUGUUUUAGGGGGACACGCUGAUUGCUAGCAUUACUGACAACAACAAAAGAUCCAUUUUGAGCAGUAAGACAUCUCAGCAACAUCAAAACGAGGCGCCCUGAGGGUGCCUCAGAGUCCUGUGUGGGGUCUUGAGAAAUCAAACUUUAUGGGGAAAAUGAUACCAUCUUCAUGGUGUAAAUAUUAACACAUAUUCAAUCCACUACUCUAACUGACCUGUAACCAUUAUCUACUCCACUCACAGCCCGGGCCGCAGGUACUUUUAGCUGUUGACUUGUGAGGGUUGAACAAUGACUCUACACCCCCUGAUGCUACCAUUUAAAGCCCAUCAUCAUUAUGUUGGACAAAAUGACAACUUCUUGUUUGUUUUUUUCUCUUUACCUCAUCUUUAGGUGCCGUGAUUAGUGGGUUGUGAUCUAGUGUUAUAAAGCACUCUAAAUGGAUCUUAGGGUUUCUCAUGCUUGAAAAUGUUUUUUUUUUUUUUUUUUUUUGCACAGUGGCCAAAUCCUCCAGCGGAUAAAACCGAGGACACAGUCAGACUCUUAAUCCAUCCAUUAGCAUUAGUAACACCAGAAAUCAUUGCGUUGUCAUCCUUCUGUGCAUUCGUUUUUACAAUGUAUCGGGGGAAAGAAAUGGUGGAACGUGUGUCAAUAAACAUCAAAUCUGUUCCACCAUUAAUUUCAUUGCUCCGGCAAAGCACAGCAGCUUUCCUUGAAAUGCCCCCCAAUUGACAGCAGAGAUCAGAGGCCAGUCACUCUUAAAGACAAUCACUUGCUCGUAAAGGCUCGAUGCACUACACAGCAUCUCUCAGGGAGCAGCUCUUUUUCUCACUUUGCAUUAAAAGAGGGUUUAAUAUUUUUGAAAAUUUACUGGAGAAAAAAAAGAAUAAACUUUAAAAGAAAAACUUUUUAGGAUUUUAAAAAAAUCUGCCCAGACAAGGCUUUGAUAGACAUGUAUGUCUAUAUGUGUAUGUUUGUGCGUAUGUGUGUGGAGGAUGGAUUCACUGUCCGCAUCUUCAUAGAGACCCGGAGUUUGCAAUUUUUACGCCAUGAAUGAAAAGUAAAAAUACAGAACAUGUCACUGUGCUCUGGUUACAGCUGCAAGCUCUCGGUUGCCGCUCCCAGGACAGUGAGUGAAGUCCACUGGUGGGACGGCGAUCCAGGGACAGUGAAUUUCAACUCUUAAUAUUGAGUUGUUGUUUUUUUUUUAUUUGUCUGUUUGUUUUCCCUCGUUAGACUGUGAAUCAAAGGGGUGGAACGGGGAAUUAUGAGGUGGGGUGGGAGGGAUGGCGAUGUGCUGGCAACAACAAGUGGUACCCAACACUGUAAGUAAGAUACUGUAGCAAUAAGAACUGGAGGCAUUUACUACUGUCAUGUUUGCAUUGUAAGAUUAUUUUUUAUUUUAUUAGUAUUUACUAUUAUUAUUAUUGUUCUUAUUAUGACUACUAUUCUUCUAUUACUAUUAGCCUAUUGUUGUUCUGUUCUAUUUGCAUGACGUUUCAUUGCAAUGAAAUAUUCGGGGCUUAUUUGUGUUUCCUCCCCUCAUGACGAUGUGAGGGAGAUGUUUGAAAUGGUGGGUUAUGGCUUAAGGGCAGAUUCCACAUCACUUUAGUCAGUUUAAAACAACUCUUUUCGCAAGCUGAAUUAUCUUCUUUUUUUUUAUAAUAAAAUUUCUAAUUUAUAUGGAACCAAUUUGAAAUUUUUUUCAUUGGAAAUUAAAUGUUUUUUUUCCCACCCUCUGAAUGUGUGGAUUACUACAAAUCAGUAAGUGAACGACCUUUACUUCACUGGCCUUUUGGAAACCCUUCAUCACAUGGGGGGGCGGGCAGGGGGGGGUUAUCUAUUCUGAAUGUUAUGGAGCAGCCUGUUCAGCGUGAGGGACUGAACACAUCAUGCGCCUUUUACUGCUCCAUCAACACAGAACGACAUCAACGAGCGCACAACAGCAGCCGUCUCAGGCUGCGCUGACAUUUUAUUACAGCUGAUUAAAAAAAAAAAAAAAAACUACACAUUUCAUAGACUACCAUUAAAACCCCACUCCAAACCUCCUUCUCCCUUUUAUGAAGAAAACGUGUGUGAGCUUGAGUGCGUGCGCGAGAGAAACAGAAGAGAGUGCGGCGAUGUUUUGCUCUACCAAUGCUUUGUAAACUUUUUUUUCCUUUUGAUGCAUUACAAUGUCUGUGCAAUUGGAGUAGUUUCGAUUAAUUGUUAAUUUAUUUUUUAGACCGUUUUUUGCGUCCCGGCAAGAGCAAAUCAAACAAAAAUGUAGCAAUCUGCGUUCCUCAAGCCGAAAGGCGUCCGGAACGCAGAACCUUUUUCACACAGGACUAACAAAAGACGAAAAAAAACAUGUAAAAACUACAAUUUUAAAGUUUUUUUUGUUGUUGUUUUCAAAGUGCCAUAGUUAGUGAGGAGAGAAAGGAUUGGGAGUAUGGGGCAUAGAUGCUUUACUGUGUGAGUUUACAUGAGAAACCAAUUUUAAAAAAAUGAAAAAAAUAGGAGGGAACUCAAAGGAAAAUGUGUAUUUGAUUACACUAAUGAACUGUUUCUACAUUUUAUGCUUUUCUUUUUACUUGUUGGGGACUCUGCUGGACUUUGAACAUCUGGCUCCACUAUAAAAAAAAAAAAAAAAA